UUCCAUGUGACCAGGAUCUUGCAGGUGAUUGGAGGAACCUCGCGAAGAGCGUCUCUUAUUACCAUAUAAGCAUGUUAUUCUCCGCUUGGUGAGAAGUUGUCAGGCUGGGUAGAUUUAGGACACCGUGUGUUGGCGGCUUGGAUUUUCCGUGCAAUGCCGGGACGUCGUUUCUCUUCCAUCGCUCCGGGAACUCCUCCGCACAGACCGGGGCUGGCUGCUCCGGACAGCAGAGACCACAAACUGCUCACUGCUAUGAGAGGGCUGUCUCGUCAGCUGGCUCGGUUUGCUGCUGAUGUGAAUGACCAACUAACAGCGGUAAACGCAAAACUGCACUCCAUAGACGAGAGGAUGACCGCUUUAGAAGAAGUAGUGAACUCCCGCGCUUGUGUGGAGGAGAAGAGGAAAAGACGGGCGCACAAUCCCAAGAUUGCGGAGGCGGUGCGUCGUUUUCAUAACGCCAAGGGAAAUCGCAAGCGCUAUAAUCCCGAAGAAGGACUGAGCUCGCCUCACAAUGAGGCAGUCACGUCUCAUUUGGUCCAAGCUCUGGCUGAAAGUCCGGAUUUGCACAACGUGGCUAGAGAUGCCAUUCUAUCUGCCUGUAAAACAUACUAUGAGACCAUACGCAGGAAUUUCCGCUACAGCCAGCCGGACCUUGCAGCCCAGGCUGAAGCAAUGAAGACUGCAGCCCGCAGCCGUCAGAGAAGGAAAAGGCUGCUGGAAGCCAGGCAGGGAGUCCUCAGUGCAGAUGAACUGGACUUCUGGAGGGGUGUAACAAUUGAUAUGAUGUCCGAUGAGGAGGAUGGUGCUGUUGAAGGGGUGGCUGGGUGGAUUGUUAGGCCUCCUUCCUUUCGAAGCAAAGAACUCACUGAUCUGUGUGCGACUCUUCAGGCUAGAUUGGAAGCUAAUCCAAAAUACACAUCUACACAUCACAGACGUCUGCAUAUUGGACCGGAUUCAGACAGAAAUCCUCCAAACGCAUACAAUCCAGAUGCAGCAAAGAAACAUUUCAAAGAGCAUCUUAUCCCCCAGAGAGCUAUGAAUCAUCACAACUUUGAGAACGACUGCACUAGUUACAAAACUGAAGAACUACUGAGCUCGCCCGAUGACACAGACUUGUCUCCUUUGGACGACGCUCUAGCUGAAAGUCCAGAACAUCACCGCGUGGAUAAUGAGAUCCUCCGUGUGACUGUGGCCUAAUGAAAUGAAUUAAAUCUCUGACUGAAUGUCACCUCAAGUCAAUCUCCACACUACCACUGACCUGUAUACAUGGGGGGGGACUAGAACG